GGGCGGGGCAGGGAGCUGAGGCGGGAGGGGCGCUCCCCCCCUGCCCCCAGAACGGAAAUCUCGGGGAACCGAGCAGGCUGGCGGGCGUGCAUCUCGCACCAUCCUUGGGUCUCUGGUCUCCGCCAGCGUCGGACAGAGCUACCGCCGCCACCGCCACAACAGCAGCACCAACAGCAUUCGGGGAUCCGGGCCUGGCGGGGGCCGCGGGAGGCGGGGGCGCCCGGGCCCUGGAUGUCCCGGAGCGCAGCGGCCAGCAGUGGACCCAGGAGGCCUGAGCAACAUCUGUCCCCAGCCCCCUGUGGGGCCCUGGGGCCCCCUGAAACCUCCAGGACGGAUCCAGAGGGGCCAGGCACCAUGAACAAGUUACGGCAGAGCCUGAGGCGGAGGAAGCCAGCCUACGUGCCUGAGGCGUCACGCCCCCAUCAGUGGCAGGCAGACGAGGAUGCGGUGCGCAAGGGCACGUGCAGCUUCCCUGUCAGGUACCUGGGCCACGUGGAAGUGGAGGAGUCCAGGGGGAUGCACGUGUGUGAAGAUGCAGUGAAGAAGCUGAAGGCGAUGGGCCGGAAGUCCGUGAAGUCAGUCCUGUGGGUGUCAGCUGACGGGCUCCGAGUGGUGGAUGACAAGACCAAGGACCUGCUGGUGGACCAGACCAUCGAAAAAGUCUCCUUUUGUGCUCCUGACCGCAACCUGGACAAGGCUUUCUCUUAUAUCUGCCGUGACGGGACCACCCGCCGCUGGAUCUGCCACUGUUUCCUGGCACUUAAGGACUCCGGCGAGAGGCUGAGUCACGCUGUGGGCUGUGCUUUUGCCGCCUGCCUGGAGCGGAAACAGCGGCGGGAGAAGGAAUGUGGGGUCACGGCCACCUUCGAUGCCAGCCGCACCAGCUUCGCCCGGGAGGGCUCCUUCCGCCUGUCUGGUGGUGGGCGGCCCGCUGAGCGAGAGGCACCGGACAAAAAGAAAGCAGAGGCAGCAGCUGCCCCCACUGCGGCUCCUGGGCCUGCCCAGCCCGGGCACGUGUCCCCGACACCAGCCACCACAUCCCCUGGCGAGAAGGUUGAGGCAGGCACCCCAGUGGCUGCAGGCACUCCAGCGGCUGCCAUCCCCCGUCGCCACGCCCCCCUGGAGCAGCUGGUUCGCCAGGGCUCCUUCCGCGGAUUUCCGGCGCUCAGCCAGAAGAACUCGCCCUUCAAACGGCAGCUGAGCCUACGGCUGAAUGAGCUGCCAUCCACACUGCAGCGCCGCACUGACUUCCAGGUGAAGAGCACAGUGCCUGAGGUGGAGCCUCCUGGUGCCAGCGACAGUGACAGCAUCAACGCUCUGUGCACACAGAUCAGCUCGUCCUUUGCCCGUGCAGGAGCGCCAGCCCCUGGGCCCCCGCCAGCUGCCACAGGGACUUCCGCCUGGGGUGAGCCGCCCAUGUCCCCGGCAGCCGCCUUCCAGCCCGGGCACAGGCGGACGCCGUCGGAGGCCGAGCGGUGGCUAGAAGAGGUGUCCCAGGCGGCCAGAGCACAGCAGCAGCAGCAGCAGCAGCCUCCGCCACCAUUGUCCUCAACGCCCGCCGUGCCCCCGCCCCUCCAGCCCUUCCCUGCCCCCGUGGGGCCCUUCGAUGCUGCGCCUGCCCAGGUGGCCCUGUUUCUGCCUCCCCCACACAUGCAGCCCCAUUUCGUGCCCACCUACCCCAGCUUGGGCUACCCGCCCAUGCCCCGCGUGCCCGUGGUGGGCAUCACACCCUCACAGAUGGUGGCCAAUGCCUUCUGCUCGGCCGCCCAGCUCCAGCCCCAGCCCGCCACGCUGCUCGGGAAAGCCGGGGCCUUCCCGCCCCCAGCUGCACCCAGUGCCCCUGGGGCCCAGGCUCAUCCCCGCCCCAGUGGGGCACCCUGGCCCCCGGAGCCAGCACCUGCCCUGGCCCCCGAGUUGGACCCCUUUGAGGCCCAGUGGGCAGCAUUAGAAGGCAAACCCGCUGUAGAGAAGCCUUCUAACCCCUUCUCGGGCGACCUGCAGAAGACAGAGAUUGAACUGUAGCCUGAGCUGCCCCGUCCACCCCACUAUCUCCAGGUGCCCCACGCCUGGGAGUGGAGGCCCCACCUCUCCCCUCAUCCUGCUCCCUGGGGUGCACCCCUCAACAUCCCCUCUAACCUCUCCUCUCCACUGCCCCCGCACCCACGACAGAACCAACAGUGUGAUGCCCAGGUUGUGACAGGAUGGAAUUCAGGGAUGGACCCAGCCUGGCUAAGGGACCCAUUUCACUGCCAGACUCAGGCUGGCGAUGCCCUUUUGCCCUCGCCCCAGACACAGGGGACAGCCACAGUCCCACCGAGUGCCCUCGGUUCAAACUACAUUUUCCAGUUUCUGUUGUUAACCUUCCCCCUUCCAUGUUGGAUGGGGAGCUGGAGGGGUGCCCACUUAGGGGCUCGCCUGGGCCCCACACAGGUUGCCCCCGCCCAUGCACAGCACAAGCAAAGGGCUUCCCUCUGCCCGCCCACUGCACUCACUGCCAAUGCUGUGCUCACCCCUGUUACCCCCUCCCCCACUCCACGGCCCACGUCUUCCUUGGACCAAGGUCUCGUGGGGGCAGGGGCCGAGUUAGGGGCCCAGGAAAUGGGGUAGAGGGAAGGGAAAGGAGAUGCUCAGUUACCUCACGUCGGUGCCCGCUGGGGAGGGGUCCAGAGGAAAGGGGAGUGGUGCCUGGCGGGUACUUUUCUAUCUUUUAUUUCCAGAUUUUUUUUGUAUCUAAACUUGCAGAUUUGUAUUAUACCAGGACAGCCAAUAAAGGAAGAGUAUAAUGGUGCCCCUCAGGAAGGCGGGGGUGUGUGUCGGGGCGGGGUGAGGUCGCACAGCCCUUCUUCCUGAGUCACCCCCUCAAACAGGAGGGUCUCCCAGCCUAAUAACCUGGGUCAGAGCAUAGCAGCAGGUGGCAGCCGCCCUGGCGCUGGAGAGGUGAGUAGUAAAGGGUGCCCAAAAUUAGUUACCCCACUUCUGAUUCUACAGAUUCUGACCAAGGAAUUAAAACAAUAAUCUGCUGCUAAUAAGUUCAGUAUUAAAAUCCCUUCACAUAAUGAAGUUUGGAAUAGCAUAUCUUUGAGCUGGCAAAUUCUUGUAUCGUCAGUUUUUGCUCUGUGACG